AUGCGGCUCCUCCCGGCGGUCCUGCUCCAGCUCCUGCUCCCGCUCCCGCUCGCCACACACGCCGACGACGCCUACGACUUCUUCCCCCACCGCCCGAGCGGAUGGGAAGCCGACGACAGAACAAUCUGGACCAACAGCCACCUCAGCAGCAUCUACCUCGUGCCCACGGACCAGCGCGAGCACUGGGGCAUGUCCCUCCCGCCCUGGGACGUGGCCGACCUCAUCGACGGCCACUGCGCCCGCGGCGGGUGCAACACGACCGUGACGCUGCCCAGCGCCGUCCUCGCCCACGACAACCGGCCGCCCGUCACGGGCAACGUGACGCUCCGCCUGUCGGGGCGCUUCGAGACCAGCGACAGCUACAGAGGCACCAGGCGCGACUUUGUCGAGGUCCUCAAGCUCUUCCUCAAGGUCAUGUACGACCCGCUCGAGACGGAGUUUGUAAGGCACGCGGGCGAGCACGGCCCGGCGAGGAACAUUUCUGAAACGGGCUACCGGCCCGUCUACACCGGGCCCAAGGUGAUCCGGCUGCGUGUCAAAGUCAACCACGACUCGCACCUCCCCGUGCCCUUUCUCUCCGUCUACGUCGACGGCGGCACGCGUCGCCCGCUCCCCAGGCCGGCCGGGUUCUGCAAGGACCUCGCGGGCCGGAGGGGCGCGCUCCUGGACGCCAUGUCGCGCAAGUUCGGCAAGGACCUGGUCAUCUACCGCAUGGGGUGUCUCGUGCCCAAGGAGAAGGGCUCGACGGCCGGGCCUCGAAAGGGCCGUGCCGACGACGACGCUGAGUGUCGGCGCAAACGGCAGCGGCAGCGCCACGGCAACACGCCAUCCCGGUGUAGAUAG